AUGUUUUAAGUUUACCACACAUACUUGUCUUUUCUGUGGUGUUGUACAUGUACUAAUUAAUCUUUCCCUUACAGAUGGACUACCCUACUUCCUUUCUAGUGCUGUUGGUACAAUCUGGGGUGGUGGCUGUGGAGGCUUACCUGAAGCCUAGCAAUAGAGAAAGAAAAAUGACAUAAAAAAAGAAGAAGGUCCUAAAUCACCAAUGUGCCAUUUUCCUUAUGCCAUUCUUCAGUCUCUUGCUGUUUGUUGGCUUAUCAAGUUGAAACUCCUAUGCCUGGCUUUUAAGAGCCUUUAUCCUGGCUGUCCUUUUUAAGGCAAUAUACUUUUUGUUUUUGUAUUUGUUUUUAACUAAUAGUCAUGUGUAUCUGUUACUAAGCUCUUUUCUUUCAUCUCCAAACCGACCCAUUUUAUAGCAAGCUCAGUGAUACUGGGGCAAGAUUCUGCAAGCACAUUUCAUCUUUGCCAGCUGCCCCCUGUUAGGGGGCGCUGGAGGGAGACUGGAAGAUUGAAUAACAACGAAGAGAUUACUCCUUCCUGUUUGUUUAUGGAACUUUCUGGAAGCUUCCUGUCAACUUGCAGGUUUUCUAAGAGGGUCCACAAACACUUCAUUACCUCAGCAGAAGCAGUUCUUUUCUACAGCAGCUCAAACAGUUUGCAGCUUUACCAACACUUGGAGAGCCAGUUUCAGUGACAAACACCCCCCCCCCCACGCCCCCCAGAGGCAUCAGUGCCAGCUGGAUACUUCUCUUCCUCAGCAUUGAAGAUUAUAGUAGGACCAUGGAUCUGUUUGGAGACAUAGAUGACAUUUCUUCAGAGAGUGAUGGGGACAAUGAGCAACCUAUUCCAAGGCAGGCUGUUGAUGAACAUGGAUUGCCUCAGGACCAACAGGAGGAAGAGCAGAUUUCUGAAACCAGAAUAGAAGUAGAAAUCCCCAGUAUCAACUCUGAUUUAGGAAAUGAAUUGUACUUUGUUAAACUACCUAAAUUUCUCAGCAUAGAACCCAAACCUUUUGAUCCUCAGAAUUAUGAAGAUGAAUUUGAAGGUGAGAAAGUGCUUGAUGAGGAAGAUAGAACCAGGUUGAAAUUAAAGGUGGAAAAUACGAUAAGAUGGAGGAAACGCUGGGAUGAGGACGGAAAUGAAAUUAAGGAAAGCAAUGCUCGGGUGGUCAAGUGGUCAGAUGAGAGCCUUUCCCUGCAUCUAGGCAAUGAAGUGUUUGAUGUCUACAAAGCCCCAAUGCAGGGCAAUCACAAUCACCUGUUCGUUCGAGAAGACACUGGUCUACAGGGACGAGCCGUCUUUAAGUCCAAACUCACCUUUAGACCUCAUUCUAUAGACUGUGCCACACAGAGAAAGAUGACCCUGCCACUUGGUAAUAGAUGCUCAAAGACACAGAGGAUUAGAAUCUUACCAAUUGCUGGUUGUGAUCCUGAGUGCCAGCGCACAGAAAUGAUUAAGAAAGAAGAACGUUUGAGGGCUUCUACUCACCAGACAAUCCAUCUGUGGGAGAAGCAGAGCCAGCAGCGGCUGAGUGUCCCCUACCAGGACCCCAACAGCAUCCAUGAGGAGGAGGAUGGUGCCAAAGCCAUUAAAAACCAUUACCAACGGGAGCUCCAAGAGGAACGAGCCAAAAUCUGUACUUCGGAUAGUGAUGAGGGAUCAGAAGAAGAAAUUACUGAGAGCAAGGAAACUGACCAGUGAUGAGGAGUUGAGGCUUCCAGAAAGAGAAAAGCAGGAGGUGAAGAGGAAGAAAAUGACUGAAGUAUGAAAUGUGCGCUCGUUGUAUACAUUGUAUUAAUCCUUGAAGAACACAGGUUUGAACUGCUUGGGUCCACUUACAGCUAUUUUUAAAAAAAUAAAUAUGGUACAGUACUUUAAAUGUAUUUUCUCUUCCUUAUGGUUUUCUUAAGCUUACUUUAUUAUAAGAAUAUAUAAUACAUUUAACAACCAAAAUAUGUAUGAAUCAACUGUUUAUGUUAUCUGUAAGGCUUCUGGUCAGUAGUUGGCUAAAGUUUCCUUGGAUUUUCAACUGUGUGGGGAGUGGGGGGUACUCCUAACCCCAACAUUAUUCAAGAGUCAACUGUAUAUUAUUAAGUGUCUUUUAAAGCAAUGAUGACACGACUUGUUUUGACUGAAAUGAUGAAUUGAGUCGUUUUUGCAUAAUCCUACUUGUGAAUAAAGAAUAUUCAGAAGCAAGA